GGCGAACUCGUGAAAAUUCAAGGUUACGCGGUCGGGGUGUUUUUUUUUCCAACUCAAACUAUAUCGCGACUCGACAUCGUUAUCAGGUCAAUUGUUGUAAAAGAGUUUUUAGUGAUUUUUUUUUUAAGGGUAAAAACAGUGGGAUUUUGGUAAAUAAAAGUGAAAAAAGCACAUUUUCAACUGAUGAAUAAUAGUAAACUGUGUGAAUAGUAUGUGAUAUAAUGAUCUGUGAAUUUGUUGAGGAAUCGAAAAUGCGAAAGUUUUUUUGUGGGAAGUUAAGACUAAGAUAACAUGAACAUUUGUGUACAGAUUUUAACCUACUCGUGACGGUAUGCGCGUGGCGGGCGGCGACGAGUACGCCGAACUGGCUGAAUUGGGCGGCGGCGGCGGAAGCUACGCGGGCGGCUCGGGGGCGGCCUCGAGGGGGCGCCGAGGGAACGGUCGAGGCGUCGGAGCGCCGGCCGAGGCCGAAGACGCGCUCGGACUUCAAGGGAGCCCCCGAAGACCGCGUUCGGGAUUGUACUAUUCGCCUCCCGGUACCAGUUAUACGAUCGUCGAGAGGCCCAGCUCGGCGCUGCACCAUCACAGAGAGUACCGGGACAGGGAGAGGGAUCGAGAACAUCAGUACAGUUCGCUCGGUAGUCCUAGGGGUACUUAUUUAGGAUCGAAUCCGAGCUUCGCUAAUAACACGCGCGCGACAUCAAACAACAAAAAGCGUCCCAUUUCUCCAGAACAAGUACUUCGGCUGUUCGGUACUGCCGCUACCGCGGUUCCCAAAUCCAAUCAGGAUCGUUCCAGAAGAUCGCCUGUGAGCAGUCCACCUUCCACCACUCACAACUAUAGACUACCAGUUUAUUCGCCUUCCAUUCACGAAUUAGCCACGAGGACGGUUAAUAUGGUCAGGGAUCAGCAAGAUCCCGGAUUCGGAAUUUGUGUUAAGGGUGGAAAAGAAGCUGGUGUCGGAGUGUACAUUUCGAGGGUCGAAGAGGGCAGCGUGGCCGAAAGGGCCGGCUUGCGACCGGGCGAUUCCAUUUUGGAGGUGAACGGAACACCAUUCAUUGGGAUAGCGCACGAGGAAGCCCUCAAGGUAAUAAAAAAUAUGCUAAAAUCUUGUCGCAAACUGAGCAUGACGGUACGAACACCGAAUUUACCCGGCACUGGCUCUAUGGCGUGCAGUGGCGCACCGUGGCAAAUGCGACAAACUUGCUCGUGGAUGGACAGGCACGGAAGACCCGUGUCGCCGCCACUGGAAUAUUCCAGAAAUCGUUUCACUCACGCUCGGGGUGCUAGUAAAGAUCGAACUGUCAGAAGGGUGGAUUUAUGCAUAGAACCUGGACAAAGUUUGGGUUUGAUGAUACGCGGCGGAGUCGAAUACAAUUUGGGCAUUUUCAUAACGGGAGUUGAUAAGGAGUCAGUGGCUGAUAGAGCAGGACUUAUGGUCGGUGAUCAAAUUCUGGAAGUCAACGGUCAAUCGUUCAUGGACGUCACCCACGAUGAGGCCGUCGCCCAAUUAAAGUACCACAAACGUAUGUCGUUGGUGGUACGGGACGUGGGCAAAGUACCUCAUUCUUGCACUGCCUACGAUAGAGAGUUCGACUUGUGUAGUCCAGGGAGUCGUUUGGCGGCAGCAUCGUGGGCGACUAGAAAAUGGGCGGCCGCCCUCCAGGCCGUAGAAGAGAAGGCCCGCGUUCUACUCGCCCGGCCGGAAUUCGGUGCGCUCGUCUACUACACGGACGAAUACGCCGCCAGACAUAUGACCGUAGAUGCCUUUGUACAGUGCAUGACCGAAUUACUUAAUACGCCCGAUAAGUAUACACUAAUGACCGAAUUGAGGGAAAUCGUAGCGGUCGAGGACCGUCAAAAGUUCGACGAGCUAGUGUACAGACGUAACGAGGAAAUGCCAAGAAGUCGAGAUCCGAGAGAACACGAUUACAGACAUUCGAGGAGGAAAGCAGGAGGAAUACCUAUACCGGAUUCUAAUCAUACUGUUUAUUCGGGGUUUCACGAGCAGGAGUUCGUUGGGGGUGAAGAAGAACAUCCUGUUGGCAGCAGGAGGCACUCGAGUCCAGAUGAAUCCAGAUCUGGAUCAACUACGCAACUUCAUCAACAGGAAUAUGCCGAUUCGGAAUUGGCACAUAAAUUAUCUCGCAGCUUCGACAUGAAAGAAGACUCCAGCAUGUUGGAAGGUGAAGGCGUGAUGCGACGUCAUCAAUCGAUGCAAAGACUGACCCGGGACGGUACCCUCGAACCCAGAGAACCGCCCAGGGUGUCCCAGGACGACGAAGGGAACAUGAAAGUUACGGUAAAAAAAAAUAAACCGAUUUUGGGGAUAGCGAUCGAAGGCGGUGCCAAUACUAAACAUCCGUUGCCUAGGAUUAUUAAUAUUAAUGAAAAUGGCGCGGCAUAUUUUUGCGGAGGCUUGGAAGUCGGACAAUUAAUUUUGUCUGUCGACGGUACCAAAGUCGAAGGCUUGCAGCAUCAAGAUGUGGCAAGAUUAAUUGCCGAGAGUUUUGCGAGAAGGGAUCGUAACGAUAUUGAAUUUACGGUAAUUGAGGCAAAAAAGAGCAACAUGGAACGUAAACCAACUGCUCUGAUAUUUCUGGAAGCAUAGCAUUUGCUGCGCCUCCCCCCUAGCGACCCUCCGGGGCCGAUCGUCACCGAAAUUAACGAAGGAACGGCCGAGGACUGACAGUCUCGAAGGGCGACUGCAGGGCGAGUGCCAAAAAACGCUUUCGGUUGGUGUUUGUGCCAAUAAUU